AUGAAUGAUAACAACGAAGCACCCGAUAAUGAUAACGACAAAGCACCCGAUAAUGAUAAUGACAAAGCACCCGAGAAUGAUCAGGAUGAUGAAGUGGGUGAAGCAAAUGCUUCGGAAACAUAUAAUUCUGAUAAUCUUGAUAACGUAAAACAACAUGUGUUACGAGUAUCAAAAAUUUAUGAAGUUAGGGUUAAAGUAAGCAGUAAAGCUUAA